UGAGCUGCGAUAGAGCGCGUGCGGCAGAAGGACGAGGCCCUCCAUGUUCAACUUCAAUCAAAAAUGCCAAAAUGUGCCUCCCCGCCAGAAGAGACAGCGGCAGCAAAACCCAUUAUUACUGAUGCAGAAGGUAUGUCAACAUUAUUGUAGAACAAUAUUUCUGAAGUUGACCAUACAUUAUAGUACCCAAAUCCCCUUGAUCAAGCCAGACCUUGCAGAGAAGCUCUACUUGCGAUGACUAUGCUGGUAUUUAUACUAAUUGUGCUCCCUUUAAUGACAUCCCAUCUCCUACGGUUGCGUCGUAAUGCUUACCUCGUCACGUCCGGCACGGAAGCCGGUGCCUUCAUACAAGAGGAAGGAACGCCAGCAAGUAGAGUGAAGCUAAGCAAGAAAGAGGCCUUGUUUACAUCAUUUCGACAUCCUGACGUCGAUAGUCAACUUAACGUAACGAUCUUAUCAGCUUACAGUUGCCGCUCCAGUAGUAUGCGGCUGCCCAGGUAUCUAUAUAUUGACUAGUUUGGAGUUCAGCGCGAUUCGAUCUGGAUCUGCGGC